AUGUCAAAGGCGACGACUCUCGCCAAGGCGUUGCAGAACUGGGAGGCUGAGCAUCCCGGCGAGUCGUUCGUCGACGCGGUCGAGAUCAAGCUCUGCUUCCAGUUCCCCCCCAUCGAGCGCCUGGAGACCACCGUCCUCACCCAGCUCUCCAAGUGCGAGCGGCUGUCGAUCUCCUCGAACGCCAUCGACAAGCUGGUCAACUUCCCGCCGAUGAAGACCCUGACGAGGCUGUCGCUGGGGCGGAACAUGAUCAAACGACUGACGGGGCUGGAGGAGAUCGCCGGCAACCUGCGUGAGCUGUGGCUGUCCUACAACAUGAUCGAAAAGCUGGAGGGGCUCAGCGGCUGCCUCAAGCUCAACACCUUCUUCAUCAGCAACAACCGCAUCAAGGCCUGGGAGGAGCUCGACAAGAUCAAGGAGCUGCCUGAACUCGAAAACGUGGUCUUCACCGGCAACCCUUUCUACGGCAGCCUUGGCGACGAGGCCAAGUACUAUGUCCUCAAGAAGCUGCCCAACGCCAAGAACAUCGACGGCAUCAUCGUCACUGGCGCCCACACUUCCCGCGCCGAAAAACUGCCCGAUGCCUUCCCCGCGCCCGUCAAAUGA